AUGCAAGCACAGGGCCGCCAACAAACCACCCUGACCAAGGACAGCGGCGCCUUCGAGUUCUCUGUUCCUGUGGAGGCCAGUUACAUGAAGGCUAUCAAUGACACUGGGGCGAAGGUGGACUUUACAUUUGACUUUAAGACAACCGAAGCGUCGUUGCCUACGCCGAUGUUGUACUACAACAACGUUGAGUCCAAAAAAAAAGUAGCAUUACCCCCGCGGUAUGAUCUAAAGCUGCGCGCCUACGUUACCUCAGAUUAUACAGAGGGCCAAAUCUUGCAAGGUGAAAUUACAGUCCCUGUGUUGUGGGAGGUGGAUCUUGCCGAACUUUCUGAGACCACCACCUGGAACCUCACGUGGGAUGCAAGCGCUGGACAUUACAAGAUCACUAAGGCGUGAGGAGGGAACUUUGGAAUUGGCGCACUGAAACAUCUGUUGUCUGAGUCGCUGGUCUUGUCAAACGUCACUCGUGACUCGUGUGUUGGCUACGAAUUGUACAAUGUAUCGCGUUGUUGAAUCAAGUUUUGCC